AUGGAGGACGACGGAGAUUGGACGGUCGAGGAAAACACGGCAGUCGAGCCGCCAGUGGCAGAAAACGACGAGCUUUUCCGCGAGGCGUGCGCUUUCGAAGGCGCCGCGGUCGUCGCGCUAGUGGAAAACACAUUCAACGGCGCGAAUGACGGCGCGGAUGGCGGAGGGGGGCAGGUCGGCGCAAAGACGAUGGAGAUUAUGCUUGACGACGGUGUGCUACUAACGGUGGAGCUGGAUUCCGGGGAGAAGCGUCUUAACGAGCUAGGGUACAAACAAGACCUUCAGCGCGAUCUGAACGCCUUCGAGCUGUUCGCCGUGUCGCUAACAGGGGUGGGGGUCUUCCUCGGAGUUAUCCCGUACUACGAUUACGCCUUCGCGAGUGGCGGUCCAGUAGUGGCGCUCUGGUUCUGGUGGAUGUCUGCUUUCUUCGCCCACCCACUGCAUCGACCUCUCCCAAACCUGCCUUCCAUGGCAACCUCUCCUCCUCCUCUCCCCCCACUGUCCCACCAGUUACGCCUUUGCGAGUGGAGGCCCGCCCCCCCUCCCUUUUCCUUCUUCCUCCCCCUUUCUAUUCCCUCAUCAAGUGUUCAUCCCCCUCUGCCCCCUACCCCCUCUGCUCCUCUCGACCUCUCCUCUCUCACGUUUUCUUCUCUGCCUCCCUCUCUCCUUUUGAGGCGCCUCAAAAGUGCUUCCCUCUCUCCUUUUGAGGCGCCUCAAAAGUGCUUCCCUCUCUCCUUCCUCUCUUACUCGCAUCGUUACUCCCGGCUGGCUGGAGUUUCUCGGGGCGUCCAUCGGCUCGGUUGGGAGGGAGGGGGUGUCGCUGGGAGGGAAGGGACCCUCAAAGGUCGCCUCUUGUGCGGCCUUUCUCCUCUGCCCUCGUGCUCUUACCCGUUGCAGGGCUGGUUGGAGUUUCUCGGAGCGUCCAUCGGCUCAGGGGGGGUGGCUCUGGGAGGGGUGCUGCUCCUGAGCGACCUCGUUCUGCUCGCCACAGGUGGGGUCAAUGAUGGGGUUGCUCGAUGCCAGAACCUGCGCAGUUCGUGUGCUGUGGCUCCAGCAAGGGGGGAAUACACGAUGCCAGAGCCGGUGCAGUUCGCGUGCUGCGUGUUCAUCGUGCUAGUGUGUGCUGUGCGCUCACAUGAACCUGUACGGCUGUGCUCUGCCCCUCCCAUCCCCACCAUGCCCGUGCUACUGCAGGUGGCGCCAACGGUGGCGGGUGGCGCCAACGGUGGCGGGUACACGAUGCCAGAGCCGGUGCAGUUCGCCUGCUGUGUGUUCAUUGUGUUAGUCUGUGCUCUCAUCAACCUGCUUCCCAUCAAGAUGGUUGGCAGAGUGCUGCUGGUCGGCAUGAUCAUCCAGGUGCAAGCAGCUGUGAGCACCAUAAUCACUCUCCCUCUCGUCGCAUCUACGUUGCAACCAGCCUCGUGGCUCGUCUGCUUACCUUCCUCGUGCCUCGUGGCUCGUCUGCUUACCUUCCUCGUGCCUCGUGCCUCGUCUGCUUACCUUCCUCGUGCCUCGUGGCUCGUCUGCUUACCUUCCUCAUGCCUCGUGGCUCGUCUGCUUACCUUCCUCGUGCCUCGUCUGCUUACCUUCCUCAUGCUUCGUGGCUCGUCUGCUUACCUUCCUCGUGCCUCGUGGCUCGUCUGCUUACCUUCCUCGUGCCUCGUCUGCUUACCUUCCUCGUGCCUCGUGCCUCGUCUGCUUACCGUCCUCGUGCCUCGUGCCUCGUCUGCUUACCGUCCUCGUGCCUCGUGCCUCGUCUGCUUACCUUCCUCGUGCCUCGUCUGCUUACCUUUUCCCCUUCACCUUCCUCCCUCCUCGUGGCUCUUUUGCAUCCCCUCGGGAUCUGUUCUCCUACCCCUCUCAUCCCCCCCCCCCCCAACAGGUGCUAGCGGGUGUGAUAACCAUAAUCACACUGCCUUUGAGUCGACUCAAAAGCAGACCCCUCUCAUCCCCCCCCCCCCAACAGGUGCUAGCGGGUGUGAUAACCAUAAUCACACUGCCUUUGAGUCGACUCAAAAGCAGACCCCUCUCAUCCCCCCCUGCAACAGCACUGGUGAGUCUCUUGAUGUCUCAAUAUACCCUCUAUUCCUUCCACACUGGAGCCCUGUUGCUCUUCUCCUCCUCAUCCUCUUUCCCUCCCUCCCUCCCUCCCUCCCUCCCUCCCUCCCUCCCUCCCUCCCUCCCUCCCUCCCGCCCUCCCUCCCAUGUGACAACCCCCAUAGCCACCUCAACCCCCGCUCUCCCCGUCUUCCUCCCUUUCUCCCCAGGGGCUAUGCCGUGCUAGUGGGUCUCCUGAUGUCCCAAUACGCCCUCUACUCCUUCGACACUGGAUGCCACGCAGCAGAGGAGGCCAAGCGGUCAGACGUCACAACCCCCAUCGCCAUGGUGGGAGCGCUGACACUCGUGUCGUUUCUCGAGUGGGCGGUGGUGGUGAUGCUCACGUUCUGCAUUCAGGACAACACUUCUUGUUCUCUCCUUGUCCCUCCUCCCUCUCCUCUCCCUCCCCAGGGCUAUGCGGUGCUAGUGGGACUCCUCAUGUCCCAGUACGCGCUCUACUCAUUCGACACCGGAGCACACGCAUCAGAGGAGGCCAAGCGGUCAGACGUGACAACCCCCAUCGCCAUGGUGGGAGCGCUGACACUCGUGUCAUUCCUCGAGUGGGCCGUGGUGGUGGUGCUCACCUUCUGCAUUCAGGACGAAGCUAGUCUGCUGGAUGACAAGAACGCUGCGGGAGGGAAACCGGUGAUUCAGAUCCUCUGGACCAUCUUCACCGGGAGCCCUCAUCUGCCUCUCUUCUUCUGCACCAUCACUCUCGUCGUUGCCGCCUGCCAUGUGGCACGUUGCCAUAACACCAUACGCCAUCACUCUCUUUUCACCUCCUUGUUGCAACACCAUGCUGUGCGGUCCUCAUCUACCUCUCCUCCUCUUCUCUUCUUCUGCACCAUCACUCUCAUCUUUGCUGCGGCGCAUGUGGGCUAUGCGCUAGCGCGCGACAAAGGUCUACCUUUCUCCUUCCUGUGGCGGCGCAUCAACAAGCGCAAGGUGCCUGUGAACGCGCUCAUGUGCACCGUCGGCAUCGCCAUCGUGGCGCUGCUGCCGCUGCUGGGCGGCAGCACUGCAUACUUUGCCGUCACCGGCAUGGCCACGGUGGGGUGGUUCGGCGCAUACGGCGUGCCGAUCCUCUUCCGGAUCCUUCAGGACGACGGGGACUUUGUUCCUGGGCCGUUUUACCUGAGGAACUACUUUGGCAAGAUCGGAAGGGCAUGGGCAUGGGCAUGGGCAGGGCAUGGGCAGGGCAUGGCCACGGUGGGGUGGUCCGGCGCGUAUGGCGUGCCCAUCCUCUUCCGGAUUCUCCAAGACGCCGAGGAUUUUUCCCCGGGGCUGUUUUACCUGUGGAAUUGCUUUGGGUUGGAAAGAUCGUGUGUUGGUGGUGGUGCUGCUGCUCGGCUAUCCUGCAGUCUGCCUAGGAGACUCGAUUCUCUUCUAGGAUCACGCGCGACGCAUCCUGGUUCGCAGGCAGCGAUCAUGGCGUCGCUGGCAGCUGGGUUGCUGCGGCUCGUGCCGGUGGUGGGACCGCCAGCGGCCGCGUUGCUCAUUGUUCUGGUAGACAACGCCGGUGCCGUAUGCCUCGCGCUGGUCGCGAUCUUCGUGUAUCAAUACAUCAACGCGAGCUUUUUCGACCCCGAGGAUCGAAUCUACGGGGUGCGUGCUGACGUGGACGGCCCAGGAAUCACGUACCGCCACAGCCGCUUCCAGGGCCUCCUCGAGACGCCUUUCGCGGGCGCGAACACCAUCCCGGACCUCUUCAACAUGUCCGUUAAGAAAUUCCGCAACCGCCGUCUGCUCGGCACGCGGAGAUUAAUCUCCCGCGAGUUCGAAUUAGACGCGAAGUUAGACAAGCAGGUGGAAAGAGUAACUCUCGGGGAGUACGAGUGGGAGACGUACGAGCGCGUGCAUGAGCGCGUAGUGGCGUUCGGCGCGGGGCUGAUGGGGAGCGGGCAUGGGCGCGGGGAGAAGCUGGCCAUGUUCGCGGAGACGCGCGCGGACUGGUUUAUCGCGAUGCAGGGCGCGUUUCAGCACGGGCUUGUCGUGGUGACGGUGUACGCGUCUCUAGGGACGGACGCGCUGGUUCAUUCGCUUAACGAGACCGAAGUGGCAACAGUGGUGUGUGAUAGGAAGCAGUUUGACAAGCUCGCAGAGGUACACUCCCGCCUCGCUACAGUGAAGCGCGUUAUAGUCAUGGCGGAGCAGAAGGCUGAUAACGAGACUGUCAGUAACGAGGAUCCGUUUCCCAGCACCAUAGGGAGUAUCACAGUGAUUCCCUAUGCUGACGUGGAGGCUAAAGGGGUGGAGAGUCCAGUGGAGCCGAAUCUGCCGCAGUCGUCUGACCUGGCAUUCAUCAUGUACACGUCAGGAUCCACUGGAGUUCCCAAGGGUGUGAUGAUGACACAUGGCAACCUGGUGGCAGUCUUUGCAGCAGUCAUGGCGCUCGUGCCCGAUGCAGAUGAGAACGAUGUGUACAUCGCCUACCUGCCGCUCGCCCACUCCUUGGAGCUCACUGCCGAGACUGGCAUGGUAUCCAUAGGAGCAACCAUCGGGUAUGGCUCGCCUCUCACGGUCAUCGAUGGGGCAGGCAAGCUCAAACCCGGGGGACAGGGCGAUCUGUCUGCUCUACGCCCCACCCUCAUGGCUGCCGUGCCCGCCAUUCUGGAUAAGAUCCGCGACGGGGUCAGGAGGAAGAUGGCAACGCAGUCCCCCACGGUGCAGCAGCUGUUCGACCUCGCAUACAGCCGACGAUUGGCGGCGAUCAACGGCAGCUGGGCGGGCGCGUGGGGGCUGGAGAAGCAGCUGUGGGACGCGCUUGUCUUCAAGCGCAUCCGGGCAGCGGUGGGCGGCAGGCUGCGGUACAUGCUGUCGGGGGGAGCGCCCCUGUCGCCUGACACUCAGCGGUUCAUCAACGUGUGCUUUAACGUUCCCAUUGGCCAGGGCUAUGGCCUCACAGAAACAUGCUCUGGAGGAACCUUUGCAGAGUUUUCUGACACCUCUGUGGGGAGAGUUGGCCCACCUAUCCCCUGCUGCUACAUCCGGCUGGUGGACUGGCAUGAGGGCAACUACCGUGUGACAGACCAGCCAUUGCCGCGGGGGGAGAUCAUGAUCGGAGGGCCGUGUGUCACCCCCGGGUACUGGAAGAACCAGGAGGCCACAGAUGCCGUGUACUCAGUGGACAGCAAGGGCAUACGGUGGUUUGCAACGGGCGACAUAGGGGAGGUGCACCCGGACGGGGUGUUUCAGAUCAUCGACAGGAAGAAGGACAUUGUUAAGCUGCAGGCAGGGGAAUACGUGUCGCUGGGGAAGGUGGAGGCAGUGCUGCAAGUGAGCUCCUUUGUCGAGAACGUGAUGCUCUACGCCGACCCGUUCAAGACCUUCACCAUAGCGCUCGUGGUGCCGUCCAAGCCGGCCCUGGUUGCCUGGGCCAAGGCACAGGGUGUGGAUAGCUCUGACUAUGCUGCACUGUGUGCGAAUCCCGAUGCGGUCUCUCAAGUGCUCGAGUCUCUUGCUGAGGUGAGCAAAGAAGGCAAACUCCAAAAGUUUGAAGUGCCUGCUAGGAUCAAGCUGCUCCAGGAGCCAUGGACCCCUGACAGCGGCCUGUUGACAGCAGCUUUGAAGCUAAAGCGGGAUGUUGUUCGCCGAAAGUUUCAGCAGGACCUUGAUGCUCUGUAUGACUAG